UUACCUACAUACACUUGUUCUCGUGCUUUCUCGUGACUUCAGAGUUGAGAUAUACCUACUUGGUCCUUUCUGCGUGAAACAUUUGUGUUAGAUCCUUAGUCGCAUUUUUUUCUUAAAUAUCGCUCGUUUAUCGAGCCAGUGAACGAGUAAGCGACCGGAGAGUGUGUUACGCGACUGUAUCCGAGGUAAAUCUGCGCGGAGAAAGUGGCCAUCGGAUACCACCGUAGGUUUCCAUGCCGUGAACGCGAUUUUUCGUCCCUUUUUUCCCGUGCCUGUGUCGAUUAACACCAACAGGACUGACUUCGCGUGCGGUACACUUGAUUUCUCUCGUUUUCCUCGACGCCGCUUAUCGUCCGUGUUAACAUACUAGUGCGAAGAAAUCAUCGCAGAAUUUGCAGAUAUCCCAACGAACUAGCUAAUAUGGCGCUUAGUCAAUGAAAGUUACCGAAAGUCAAGUAUGAAAACGUUGGAUAUUUCAAAGCAGCGUAGAGGUUAUGGUCGAAUGAAAAGAUGGCCCGAAAAAAAUAACAGGAAAUCAUCGAAGAUUACAUCUUUUGGUCAAUCAGAAAAGUGACACUGGAUAGGCAGCUAAUAAACAAUUUGAGAAUUAAAGCAACAUGCACCAGACUUUUUAGGUCCAAUUAUUUUGAAUUGUAUAAUCAAGAUACAAAGUGGGUCUUCAAACAACUGUCUUCAAAGUCAAAAUGGUUUUACUAUAUGUUCCUAAAACAAACUGCGGGACUUGGCGGCCACAAUACGUCUUUGGAAGUGAUGGAGGCGCUUCUAGCCAGUUCUGCUUGAUCCACCACCCUCCUGAACCAAAGCUUGGGUAUGAGGUACCCAGUGUGCUGCCAAUGACAGCUCGAUUUAGCCAAAGCUUCGAAAUGUAUCCCCUACAUCGAGCUGUGAGGGAACAGGAGUAUGAUAAGCUGGAGGAGUUACUCUGGUCCAAUAUGUACGAUGUCAACGCGAAAAACGUUGAAAGAGAGACACCCUUAGACAUAGCGGUUUCUCGUGGAGAUUUCUGUGCGACGGAGUUGCUGUUGCACUUCGGCGCCGAGCCCGUCGUACAGGCCAACUCCCUUUGGCCGGUCACUACGCUUCACAAUGCCAUACGCGGCGGUAAUACCGACGUCAUUAAAUUGCUCAUCGAUCGAGGCUGCCAUCCGGACCAGAUCGUCUACCCACAUCGUGCGCCUGAUACUUAUUGGCACAUGGUUAUAGGAAUGAAUGACUCUAACCUUUUGCAAGCUCUUCUAGAAGGUACUCAACGCGUCAUAUGCGACGAUGAAUGGUCCAACGCACUGUUAUUUAUCGCCUGUGGAAAGGGUUCUUACCGAAUCGUCGAAUAUUUAAUAGGAUGUGGUCUUCCACUGUAUCGUCGAGACACGGACGGUCGGACAGCGUUGUUUCAUGCGGUGCUCGGCGGUGACAUUGAAACAUUCAAGCUGCUCAUAAGUUAUGGCGCUAAUCUCCAUGAACGAGACUACAAUGACGCGAAUCUGAUGCAUUACGCGGUCAAUAAAGUUAGGCACGACUUUGUCCAGUUGCUACUCGAAAACGGCGUGGACGUAAAUGCCCGCUCCAAGUUCAGUGGCACGCCAUUGCACUACGCGGUUUAUAAGCAUUCCUUGUUCAUGCUUGGUUUGUUGGUAGAAAACAACGCUGAUGUCAACAUUACGGAUGAUUCCGGUAGGAACCCAUUUGUAGCUGCCAUUGUAAACGACGACGACGGUGCGUGCAUUAACCUUUUGUUUCGUCAAGAGACGUUAGAUGUAAAUCAGGCGGACGUUGAAGGCAUGACGGCACUUCAUCACGCGGUGUCGAAGGGCAACUUGAUUUUGGUGAAACAAUUACUCUUCCAUUGUGACACUGAUGUCAAUAUUCGAAAUAUUCAUGGCAAGACCGCCUUACAGUACGCCAUAGAUCAUAAUUAUCUACAGAUAUUCGAACUCCUAUUAGAUUUUGGAGCGAGUGUAGCCAAUUUGCAUAAUAAUCCACGCUAUGCUUCAUUAAACGCUGACAUAAAGACUUUGCUAAUGAAAUACAUGAUCAAGAGAGACGUAGCAGACUUACAAGUGGAAGACGGUUUGAGGAGAAUCUUGGCUCAUGAGUAUAGACUCAAGGAAGAAUGCAAGUACUUUAAGAAUUGUUGCAUCAAAGAAGUUAAGCUUUUGAAGACAACUUCCAUGGAUGACGAGAUAACGUACUACCAGUUCUUGCGGGGCAAUAGGCGCAGCUUGCUUUCGUACGUCAACAAGCCCAACAUCCGUAGUAUCUUCGAGAAUCAUACGCACUACUUCACUGACUAUGCAAACAUGCUGGACAGGAACCUUGUCUUGGGUUUGAGACCAAUAAGCAAAGAGGAGACUAAAGCCAUAGCGUCUGUGGUUGACAACCUUAAUGCCGUUUUUCAAUCUUGUCUUCCGAAUCUGGUAGUUGACAAAGUACAAAGUUAUCUCGACAUACCAGACAUGAUAAGUUUGAACAGAAUGAAGCUUCAAGAAUUUGAGGACGACGAUAACGUCAGCGUAACAAUAAAUAUGUAAAUAAUAGUCUUGAAACUUGUUUGAUAUAGCAGUUAGGAUUAUGAUUUUAAAUUAAUUAAUUUUCCUCUAGAUUUUGGAUGUAAAUAAUGGUCUAUUUAUGACAGAUCAGUGUUACUUUUAUAAUAAUAUCCAAUUUUGUUAAACAUUUUUAAUGUUAUAUCUAGGGUAAAAACUUUUAAUAUGUGAUUAAAAGCGAAACUCGCGUCUUUUUUACAACUAUUUUUAGUCAUUUGAAUGUUACGAUAUGAAAUUUAGAUAUGAUACUGAUGAACCAUUAACAAGAAGUAGGAGUAAAACAAAUAAUAGUACUUGUACAUAAUAGUGCUUGUAAAAAAAAAAAAAAAUAAUAACUUGUACAUAAUUGUUACGGUGGCACUCGCAUUAAUCGCUAAUCGAGUGCGUUGUUCUCUACGUAAUUCGAUGAAUCUUCGCCUUCGACUCCACAAUUGCGAAGACUCGUGUUGCGUAAUCUUGUGAGCAAAUAGUCAUAAGUCAUCUAGGCGAUUGCACAAGCCUAAUGUUUUGUUUUUAUGCUAUACGAAAUGCUAAAUUGACGAGCACGAUCAUUAUAAUGUGAGGCAUACGAUGUAAGUCCAGUUGCGUUAUCAGUUCAAGAGAAAAAUGGUUUAUACAAUCGAUUCUUUUAGUUAGUUUGUUUAAAACUUCUAAUUCAAGUUAAUAAUUUAUUAAAGUGAUUGUAGCUUUAGUUAUUCUUUUUUUUAUUUUUUUUUUAUUAUUAUUAUUUGAUUCGUAAAGCCGCAAACUUUCAAAUGAAUUAAAAACGUAUUUAGUUGAAACUGACACCAAUUAACGCAAAAAAGUUAUAAAAAAAUAUAAAAAAAAAAAAAAACUAAAAGUAAAAAAUAAAAUUUCAAGUGACAAAUCCAACUUUAAUUUAUUAUUGUGACUGGAUUUGCUCACUGUCCUUAGAAUUUUAUAAAUACGUAAUAAGAAUCAAUUGAUUGUCAGCGCCUAAUAUUUGAAACAUAUUUUCUCAAUUUAUACAUCGUAUUUUGAACGAUGAAAAUAAAUUAAGCAAGCAGAACGAUUUGUGUAAUAAUUUAAUAAUUACCUUUUAUCGAUAUUCACCCUUUCAUUCGAUGCUUGAAAAUUAUGAGCCAUUUAAAACCCAAUACAUGCUGGGAAGAACUUUUUCACGUGAAUUAUUUUUGUAAUGAUGUGGACGUGCCAUGUGCUACCGCGCGAGUAGAUACUUUUUAGAUUAACCAUAAAUCUAAUACAAACAUUGAUAUACCGAGAUUAAAAAAAUUCUUUAAUACCUUAUAUCAUUAUUCCCUGAUAAAAUCACUGCUAGUUCAUUGGUACACACAAAGCUGCCUUUUCUCAUGCUCUAUUCUGUUUUUCAACUUUGACUUAAUUAAAAAAAUUUUAUCAUUAAACAACAAUUUUUAUCCAUUUUCAA